AGCCGGUGUAGUAGGAUUGAACCGUAGUCCUGUUUUGCCUGUUUGAUGGUUCGUCGGAGGGCGUAGCGGAAUUUCUUAUAAGUGUCCGGAUUAGUGUCUCGCUCCUUGAAAGUAGCUCUAGCCUUUAGCUCAGUGCGGAUGAUGCCUGUAAUCCAUGGCUUCUGGUUGGGAUAUGUACACAAUGACCCUGUGGGGGCGAAAUCGUCGAUGCACUUAUUGAUGAAGCCGGUGACUGAUGUGGUAUACUCUUCAAUGCCAUCGAAUGAAUCACAGAACAUAUUCCAGUCUGUGCUAGCAAAACAGUCCUGUAGCUUAGCAUCCACGUCAUCAGACCACUUCCUUGAUGAGCCAGUCACUGGUACUUUCUGCUUGAGUUUUUGCUUGUUUUUGCUUGUAAGCAGGAAUCAGGAGGAUAUAAUUAUGAUCCGAUUUGCCAAAUGGGGGGCGAGGGAGAGCUUUGUACGUGUCUCUGUGUGUCUGGAGUAAAGAUGGUCAAGAGUUUUUUGUAUGACAUGCUGGUAGAAAUGAGGUAAAACGGAUUUAAGUUUUCCUGUAUUAAAGUCCCCAGCCACAAGGAGCGCCACUUCUGGGUGAGCAUUAUCUUGCUUGCUUAUGGCCUUAUACAGCUAGUUUAGUGUGGUCUUAGUACUUGCAUCAGUUUGUGGUGGUAAAUAGAUAUCUACGAAAAAUAUAGAUGACAACUCUCUUGGUAAAUAAGUGGAUGGGCUCUAGACCAACCUAUCAGCCAAUCGGGGCUCUGUAUCUAAAUAUCUUCACAUUUGUUUCCUAACACCCAUGUGAUCAGAAAUAAAUUAGAAAAAUAUAUAUUUUGGAGUUAUUUUCAUUAAAGAAACAUACACAGUGAUUUAUUAGACAUAAAGUGAUGAUUUAAAAAUAAAAUGACAAAGACUGCAUGGGGGCUUUAAGCACGUGGAGUAAUGAUUAAGAUUUGGGCUUUUCACAUGCACAAUUAAUUGCUUUUGAUAAAACCGCUUUAUCCGCCUCCUCAAUUAAAAAUAGGUUGAAAAUUCGAACAUAUAUUUUCUGUAAAAGAGAUUAAUGUUUAUGAACGAUGCACCAUGCUGCAUUGUUGACCAUAUGACCAAGCGGCGCAGAUUACCGUUCGAUUUGAGCACAGCGCGACUCCCUCACCGCCUUCGCCAAAUCACGUGACGGGCCAUAGCCGGGUUCAACUCGGGGCAACUUAAUCGAAUUCCCUCAGUCCAUCUUCAAAUGUCUCUCCAAGGCAAAUGGCGCCCUCUUCUGUGAGAAAAUGUCGGUGAAAUGGAAAAAACUAAACAAAAAACAAAUUAGGAGCACAGGUGUGAUCCAUAAAACUGAUUGAACGGUUAGGGCAGUAGAUAUCCGUAGCUCAAACUAUUGAAGAUUAGAUUUUAGUAUAAUUCUGAAAGAGUCUACCAAGUAAAAUUACUCAGUAGGAUGCUCUUUUGAUUGUGUGAGACAGUGAAGGGAAAAAAAGUGUUUCCAAUUUGUAGUGGUAACGUUGUGAAGUAGGCCUCAUCUCGUUUCCAGCGCUUUCAUUUUGAUAAUCGUUGGAUACAUCAGAAAAUGGACGAAGGGAGCAAACACCAACAGUCGAUGGAAAGCGGUCAGCAAAACCAGCGGCAGGUCAAUCACCCAAGGCCCUUCUUCUAUGUUCAGCCGGCUUCUCAACCUUACUACAACAUGUAUCAUCAUCACAAUCAGUGGCAUAAUAUGAAUAACCCAUACAACCACUAUGGCUUACCUGGUUCUGGAGUUUAUCCCUUUGGACGUCCUAGUCCAUACAUGUCCACAUACCCAUACAUGCAGUAUCCUGGUGGAUAUGUUGUCCCACACGCGCCACACAUGCAUCCAGUUGAUUACAGACGCAUGUAUGAACCACCCCAUUUUCAUCUACCUCCUGUGCAUGACCCCAUGUUCCGCCAACAGCAACAACACCACCAUGAUCACACCCAGAGAGAGGUGGUCUGUUCUGAGGCUCAGACGGACCCGAGUGAUGCGCUCAACAAGCUCAUAGAAUGUCUGGACAAACUCCGGGCCAACGAGAUGCAGGGUUCUGAGAAAGAGCUGGAUUCCGGUGUCGUUUCACAAUCUUCCGGAAUAUCCUCACCAGAUGGGGAAAGGAAAUCUUGUGAGGUGGUGGUGGGGGGAGACAUACACAGUGGUCAUGGAGCCUCUUGUGGUAAAUUGGAAGGCAGCCAAUUGCAGUCGUCUUUUCCGAUGGGCAGGUUGUUCAGCGUCGGUAACUCCACGACGGCAGUCUAUGACGGUGAGUCAAGCCGAUGCCUCGGCGGGCUGGGUAAGGAGGGCUGGGCUGUAGACUCUGACGAAGACACCCCAUUGGACAGCUCAUCUAUUCACGAGGAGCUUGAGGAGAACCUGGACCUGCAGCAACAUGCGGAGGAGUCUCUUCAUUGCUGUUCUUUGGAAAGUCUUUGCCUCCAGUCUGCUGUCUUGCAGUCAGAAGACAGCCACAGACCUGAAAACAUAGACAACGAGGCAGAGGAGGACAGCACCAAUCCAGAUGGUACUAGUUCCACUGAGGUACCUAGGUGGCAGGGCCACUGCUCCAACCUGCUCUCCACACAGUCACUACCAUCCCCCCUAGCCUCUGACUGGCAAGCCUUAGAGGACAGUAAAUGUGGGGAAGAAACAUUUGUUCCAGAUAGGAAAGGUCUGUCUAAACUGGAUGUUGACCUUUCCUACCAGAUCCUCCAUCUGCCCUUUGACAAGGUUCUGACAGCUGGAGCGCUGCAGAAGGACUGCUCUGCCAGCUCCAGCUCUGCUCUGCUGUGUGGAGACCUCCAGGCUUCCCUGUCCUCCAGCCGGAUCACUACCACCUCCACCCCAGCCCGUCACCACUACUACUCCUACUACUGCCCCCCACAGACAGCCCACGGAAGGCUCAGCGUCCUCAGUCCCUCCCUAGAUGAGCUCUCGUCCCGAGAGGAGAUGUUCUCCACCGACCUGGAGGACAUGGAUCGGUUUCCCAGAAGCUCUGUCUACGCAGGGAGGAGGUUCCCUGCGGAGGUCGAGCACCUCGGAGAGCCAGGGGUCAAGAAAGUGUGUCCUAAGUCCAAGAAGCUUUUGUGUGCCUGCUGUGGCUCGAGCCUGUUGAAAGGAGGGGCGAGCAGGGUUAAAGUUCAUCACAGCCCGAGGGUGUACGCUGAUGAUGAGGCGGGGGAUUCUGAUGACGUUGUCGAGCAGGAACAACAGUCUGCAAGGACGCGUGAUGAGAGCGCCCACCCCACUAGGGUGGUCGUGCAGAAGCACUCUGUCCCCAAGAAACAGCAGCCUCUACACCUCCAACAGCAUCCCAAACCCAGCUUUAAGAGAGGCCAGUGUAGAGAGGCUGUCGGACCAGAGGAGGAGGAGGAGGAGGAGCAGCAGGAGGAACCAGAGAUGGUGCUGGUGAGAUCAGAGCUGGAGUAUUAUGAAGGCCAUGUGGUGGAAGGUGGGCAGGAUGCAGGGGAUAAGGAACACAGGACAUGCAAAGAUGGACUAUGCAGAGAGGGCAUUGAGACUUCAGAACCGGGUAGGUGGGAGAGGGGUAGGGCCAAGCCCAGACGAAAACCACACGCCUCACUGCAAGAAAGACUGGCACUGAGGAAAGCUCUGUGGAAGCCAUUGGUAUACCAGAGAGUGCGAGAUGAGGAAGAGGAGCCAACACGAUGUCACAGGGGAAAAGGGUCCACCAAGAGAGGAGACACAAGAUGUUAAUGUCACACCAUUGAUCAAAUAAAAUGGCACAGAAAAAGAGCAUUUAGUAGAUUGCACAAUAUAGAUGGACACUUAUUUUUUGGGGUGAUAAACCAAGGAGACUUGGUUGAAGUCUCCUUGGCUAAUAAAGUACACUUUCAGGAGGUCCAUAGACACAGCCUGUUAGCUAGCACUGUACUGUAUUCUUUGGGGGUUAAAUACCUACUUAUUCACCAGCACAGGGUUGGUGGCUUUGAAAUGUUGAUUUGCGUGACCAGUGUGUGCAUUAUUAAAAGGAAUUUCAUUGUA